GUUGCGGUUAGGGCUGCUUGUUCUGGGGGCAGGUCUCGGACGCGUCGCGACGCGUGCUGGGAGUUGGCGCGUCUGCGAUAAGCCGAGUGGUCUUCAACAUCUGUCCUCGUCGGUGCUCACUCCUCCUCACCAUCUUCAUAUAUCCGCCACAAUGAGCGCCCUUCUCUCGCUCACCGCUGCAAAGAAAAGCGACGGCGUCUGUCCCGCCCCGCCCUUCCCCCUGCUCACCAAACCCGCGACUCCCGCGACCCCGUCCCACCUGCGUUCAUCCUCCCCAUCCUCUUCUCCAGGAUACAUCUACCACGGCUCCCUCACGCCAAACACCUCCCCGCCAUGCCCCAUCUCCGCGUCCCCCCUUGCCCUCAAAAUGUUUGCGUCCGACGACGACCCCGUCUCGUCCAGCGCCGCGCAUAUCCCCUACACCCAGAUCGACGACGCAGCCAGCGUCGACGACGACCUUCUCUCUGAAGAAAACCGCGACGCAGACGCCGUCUUUGCCGACUUCGUCCGUGACGACCACAGCGAAGACGACCAGCGUCCCCAGCAAGCCACAGUCUCUCCGCCUCUGAACAAGCGCCGCCAACGACAGCGACAACCCAGCGCGUCUUCCGAUCUCUCUGUCUUCAACUUCCACACCGACGACGAGGCCGACUCUCAACUCACCUCCCCGGUCUCAUCUCUGGCCUCCUCGCCUUUACGAAAAAAGCGCAAGCGGGGCUCGUUGACCGAAGACCCUAACGAGCAGACAACAACCCGGAGAUCGGGUCGCACGCGCGUGCAGCCUCUUGAAUACUGGAAGAACGAACGCAUAGUCUAUAAUCUCGUCCAGGCCGACGACGGCGUCGUGGUGCCGACCAUCAAGUCCAUCGUUCGCGCCGAGACUGUAAAGUCAAAGCGGAAAACGAGCACCGCCAGCGCGUCGCCAGCAAGAAAACGGGCAAACACGCCCACGCAGGGUGCCGAAAUUGGUCGGAAAAAGACUCUGAAGCCAAAUAAUACCAGCGACGUGAGCGACAGAGACAGCAGCCGCGUCUUUAGCGAGGGCCCUGAAGAAACACAGCAGUCUACACAGCAGUCUACACAGCUCGAGUUACCUGCUGCCGCGGACGACAGCGAGUUUGAUUGCUUCGUGGCCGAGGUCGAAGAUCUGUCUGCGUGCCAGCGGAUACCGCGUCAGAUCGCGGUCCCGUCGACUAUGCUGCCGUACACCGCGGUCCGCAACAAGGCCUCGCGCUUCGACUUUGCAAAGACGUUCGAAGAAGACCGCGGGUUUCUCGCGACCGGGAUCGUCAGACUUCCUGCAAACUCAGGCUGCAAGGGGCGGAAAAAGACGGGUCUGAACGCGCUUACAUUUUGCGUGAUUGAAGGGACGGUCGAGGUGUUUAUCAAUGACGAUGUGCGGUUUAAGAUUAGUAGGGGCGGACAUUUCUUGGUGCCUAGGCUGAACUCGUACGCGCUUCAUAAUGCGGGUCGGAAAAUGUGUGUUUUGUUUUAUGCGCAGGCAACAGAUACGUUUUGUAAUAUCGUCGAGGGUGGCAAGGCAGGCACACCUGCGGCGGACGAGGCUGACCAGGUGGAUUCUGCUGAGGGUGAGAUGUCUGACCACGAGGAGGAGGUGGAAAGCAGUAGUGCUACGGAUGAGGAUGAGGAAGAUGACGAAGGAGAGGGCGAGGAGGAUAGAUAGAUUUUAUUUCUAAUGCUAGUUGCUCUACGGU